AUGCUUCCUUCAUUUGCACUAUUUUCUUUGCUCACCUUUGCCGGUGCUGAUUUUUCUCCCUCAUUCAACGCAUUUCUAGCAGGCACAUAUGGAAAGGCUUUCGCUGACCGUAUGGCGCGACGAGACAUCGGUGGACACGGCAGCUUCGGAGGCGGUGACCAUCAGGAAGGUUUCAGAACUUCACGACAAGCCGUAAUAUUGGUGCACGGCAUCACAAACACAGCCGGGAGGUUUGAGCAUACACGCCAACAUCUGCUCAAAAAUGGGUGGAAAGAGUCCGAAGUGUAUGCGACAACGUAUGGCGACGGCGGUAAAACUCCUGCUCCUUUAGUCGACAUGAAGUGCGACUAUGUGAAACAGGUGCGAUGGUUAAUCCAAGCUGUAGCUGAAUUCACGAAACGUCGUGUUGACGUCAUUGGUUAUUCCAUGGGAUCACCAGUGGCCCGUAAGGCUAUUCUUGGAGGGAGAUGUGUGGACACCGGUGAGGCGUUGGGACCUCGACUUACAGCUCUAGUUGACACAUUCGUAUCUGUCGCCGGUGCAAACCAUGGCUCCUUCCUGUGCCUCGUGCCUUUUCCAGGUGCAUGUAACCUGAUCAACGGGCUCUCUUGUCAUUCACAAUUUAUCCUAAACAUAAACAAAAGGCAACGAUACGAAGGGUUGCAUAUCUAUUCCAUUUACUCACCACAGGAUGAUAAGGUUGGCCACCGAAAUGCAUGUGGAGAACUGACAUCAUCUAUUGCCGGUUCUGACCAGGAAUUCCAAAAAUCCGGCAACCAUGAUGUUGUUAUGGCAAGUACCGUUCAUCUGCAGGCCAACCUCAUUGAUCAGCACACACCUUGA